ACGCACCGCGUCGGUCGUGCAGCUGCAACGCUUCUUACCUGUAGCCUCCUUCUUCUCCUUGUCCUCCCUCGCGAAUUUAUUAGUCACGGAUCUCUCUGACUCAAGAGCCGUUUCACACACUUCGUUCGAGUCUCUUUGUUCUCUCUCUCUCUCCCGAGUUUGAUUACGAAUAAUAUAUUGCUAAUCUCUAUCCUUUAAUCCUUCUCCGUUCUCCGAAUUCGUGGUAGAUCUGUUUUGGGAUCGUAUUUUAGAUAAUGCACGAGAAUGAUGAUAUUCCCCAGGAUUCGGUUGAUUCUGUAGCUGAUGGGGUUGAGAAUGAGGACGAGUCUAAUGGGAAAGAAGAGGCUGAUCCUGACCAGGGAACAGCUUUCGUUGAUAGUAAGGAAGAUAUGUUUGUUGAUGCCCCUGAAGAGUUGAAUUUUGAUACACCUAGCAGCAAGGAAGCUCCCACGACAGAUGACGAUGAUGAUAAUGGAGAGCGUCGAAAUCAAUUCAAUAAUGAAAAGGAUGGUGACUGGGAGAAGGAACUUGCAGGGCUUCAGGAGCAGUUUAAGCUUUUGACUGGUGAGAAUGAUUCGAAAAGUGAAGAUGGGAACACUAGUAAUGUGGAUAUUGUCAGCCGCUUCUCAAAGUUUCUAAAAACUGCCGAGGAAGAACGUAUUCAGCAUGAGGAUGCACUCAGGGGGCUUCACGAGGUUAUCAGCGGCAAGGACGCUGAGAUUACUGAUCUCACCACCAAGAUUUCAGAGCUUUCUUCCUCACAUUCGGUUUCUGAGCUGGGUCUUCAGGCACAGAACGAGGAGCAGCUGGAGGCUGCAACAGAUAGGAUCAUGGUUGCUCUGAGUCAUGUAUUUGGGCAGGAGGAGCUGCAGUACGGUUCUUCUAUCUCUGAAAAGCUUGCUCAUCUGGAGAACCGAGUUUCCUUUUUAGGUGCAAAGUAUACUGAAUUUUACUACGGUGCUGAUCAGUUAAGGAAGUGUUUGUCUAGUGAUGCGUUGGAUCUUACUUUCCAAGAGGAUUUUGGUUCAGCUCUCGGUGCUGCUUGUUCUGAGUUAUUUGAGCUCAAACAGAAGGAAGCAGCCCUGUUUGAAAGACUUACUCAUCUAGAAGAGGAAAAUAGGAAGUUUGUUGAACAAGUGAACACAGAUAAAGAAAUGAUUGAGUCAAUGAGAGCAGACUUUGAUAAAAUGAAGGCAGAGCUUGAGCAAGAAAAGACAAAGUGUGCUAACACAAAAGAAAAGCUCAGCAUGGCUGUAACAAAGGGGAAGGCGUUAGUUCAGAACCGGGAUGGUCUGAAGCAUCAAUUGUCUGAAAAAACCACAGAGCUUGCAAAUAGGUUGAUUGAAUUACAAGAGAAGGAGACUGCCCUUGAAAUUUCUGAAUCUGUGAAGGGCCAGCUGGAACAAUCGUUAGCCGAAAAGACUGAUGAACUUGAGAAAUGUUAUGCUGAAUUGAAUGAUAAGUCCGUAUCCCUAGAAACAUAUGAGCUUACAAAGAAAGAGUUGGAACAGUCUCUGGCCGAGAAAGCAAAAGAACUUGAAGAGUGUUUGAUUAAACUACAAGAGAUGUCAACAGCAUUGGAUCAAUCUGAACUCGACAAAGGCGAGUUAGCAAAAUCCGAUGCUAUGGUUGCAUCAUAUCAGGAAAUGAUAUCGGUGAGGAACUCUAUCAUUGAGAAUAUUGAAACUAUCCUGUCAAACAUAGAUACACCAGAAGAAGGUCAGUCUUUUGAUAUCAUUGAAAAAGUUAGGUCACUUGCAGAAGAGAGGAAAGAGCUCACAAAUGUUUCCCAGGAAUGCAACAGACUAAAAGAUUUCAUCUUCUCCAUUGACUUACCAGAGGAGAUUUCCCAAUCCAGCUUAGAAAGUCGCCUAGCCUGGCUUAGAGAUUCUUUUCUCCAGGGGAAAGAUGAAGUUAGCACCUUGCAAAACCAGAUGGAAAUUGUAAGCAUGUCUCUUUCAGCAGAAAUGGAGGAGAAAAAUAACAUUAAAAAAGAACUGGAAGAUAUCAUCUUCUCCAUUGACUUACCAGAGGAGAUUUCCCAAUCCAGCUUAGAAAGUCGCCUAGCCUGGCUUAGAGAUUCUUUUCUCCAGGGGAAAGAUGAAGUUAGUGCCUUGCAAAACCAGAUGGAAAAUGUAAGCAUGUCUCUUUCAGCAGAAAUGGAGGAGAAAAAUAACAUUAGAAAAGAACUGGAUGAUUUAACUUUCAAUUUGAAAAAAAAUGAGGAAAGUGCAGAGCGAGGUUCUUUUGAGAGAGAUGAAAUUGUGAGGAGACUCGUGGAAAUCUCUGGCUUGAUGACAGAAGGUGCCGAAGAUCAUACUUCUUCAUCUAUCAAUUUACUUGUUGAUAGAUCCUUCGACAAGAUAGAAAGGAAAAUCAGGGAUUCUAGUGACAGUUCUUAUGGCAACGAAGAAUUUGAAAGCUUUCAAAGUCUCCUUUAUGUGAGAGAUCAAGAGUUGUCGCUUUGUAAGGAAAUUCUAGGAGAGGAUGUGCUGGUUAGUUUGCAGGUAAGCAAUCUGUCAAAUGAGCUAAAAACGGCAUCUCAAGAACUUGCUUUUGUGAAAGAAGAAAAAAUUGCUUUGGAGAAAGAUCUUGAGCGAUCAGAGGAAAAAUCUGCUUUACUCAGAGACAAACUUUCUAUGGCUAUCAAGAAAGGCAAGGGACUAGUCCAAGAUAGGGAAAAGUUUAAAACUCAGUUGGAUGAGAAAAAAUCUGAAAUCGAGAAGCUGAUGCUCGAGUUGCAGCAGCAAGGUGGUACAGUUGAUGGCUACAAGAAUCAGAUAGAUAUGUUAUCGAGAGACCUAGAGCGCACAAAAGAGCUAGAGACUGAGCUUAUUGCUAUUAAAGACGAAAGGGAUCAACUCAAGCAAUCCUUAUCUUUAAAUGAUGCGUUGUUGCAGAAAGUGAUGAAAUCAGUUGAUAUUAUAGCUCUCCCUGUUGAUUUAGCAUCUGAGGAUCCGUCAGAAAAGAUUGGCCAACUUGCUGGGUACUUCAAAGAACUGCAGCUGGCCAGAGUAGAGGAGCAAGAAGAGCUAGAAAAGGUAAAAGCAGAAGUUGAUGCGUUAGCCAGUAAAUUAGCAGAAACCCAAACAGCUCUGAAGUUGGUUGAGGAUGCUUUGUCUACUGCAGAGGGUAACGUCAAUCAGCUUGCUGAGGAGAAUAGAGAAGUCCAAGCUGCCAAGGAAAUUAUAGAACUUGAGCUGCAAAAAACUGUUGCACAUGCGUCCUCUGUAGCUAGCGAACUGGAUGAAGCUUUUGCAACCAAAAAUACACUUGAAGCUGCACUCAUGCAGGCUGAACGAAAUAUAUCUGAUAUUAUUAGUGAAAAGGAAGAGGCUCAAAGCAGAACUGCCACUGCAGAGAUGGAGCUAGAGAUGGCGCAAAAUGAAAUUUCAGUUCAGAAUAACAAAUUAACGGAAGCACAUAGCACCAUAAAUUCACUUGAAGAAACACUUGCUCAGACAGAAAGCAACAUGGAUUCGCUGUCCAAACAAAUCGAAGAUGACAAAGUUCUGACUACAAAUUUGAAGAAUGAGUUAGAAAAGCUUAAAAAUGAGGCAGAGUUUGAGCGUAGCAAGAUGGCUGACGCUUCCUUGACAAUAGGAUCCCUUGAAGAGGCACUGAUGAAGGCAGAGAAUAGUCUUUCUGCUUUACAAGGAGAAAUGGUGAAAGCUGAAGUCGAGAUAUCAACUCUUAGUAGUAAACUUAAUGUGUGCAUGGAAGAGUUAGCUGGAUCAAGUGGAAACUCACAGAUCAAAUCUUUAGAGAUUAUUUCUCAUCUUGAUAAUCUCCAGAUGCUACUGAAGGAUGGAGGUCUAGUUUCCAAGGUGAAUGACUUCCUUGAAAGGAAAUUCAAGAGCCUUAGAGACGUGGAUGUCAUUGCUAGAGAUAUCGUAAGAAAAUUUGGUGAGAAGGGUUUAUUGGAAGGGGAAAUGGACAUCGCUGAGGACGAUUCAACUGUGGCACAAUCGUUAUUGAAUGGCCUUGAUGAUACAGUGAACAUAGAGGUUGAGAAUAGUCAAGGGAAUGCAGCGGCUGAAGAUGAAAUUUCUUCAUCUCUUAGGAAGAUGGCAGAGGGGGUUAGGCUUAGAAACAAAAUCCUCGAGACUAACUUUGAGGGUUUCUCAACUUCCAUUGAUACGCUCAUUACGGUAUUGAUGCAAAACAUAACAGCAGCUAGGGCUGAUGUGAUAAAUGCAUUGGGUCAUAAUGAGUCCCUGAAAGAACAGGUGAAGAGUGCAGAAGAUAUUGUCCACGAACAGGAGGCCACUAUAUCUGCAUUACAAAAAGAUUUGUCAUCUUUGAUGUCUGCAUGUAGUGCGGCUGCCAGAGAACUGCAGUUGGAAGUGAAAAAUGACCUCUUGGAUUUGGUUCAGUUCCAAGAAAAUGAGAACGGUGGUGAGAUAGAAUCAACUGAAGACAUACAGGAUCUUCAUGUAAAUGAAUGCGCCCAGAGAGCAAAAGAAUUAUCUUCUGCCGCAGGGAAGGCAUGUACUACUCUUAAACUCUUUGAGAAAACAAAUAACUCAGCUACCGUUGUAAUCCGAGAUAUGGAAAACAAACUAAAAGAAGCAUCUGUCGCUUUAGAAAAGGUUGUGUCAGAAAGAGAUCUAAACCAAACGAAGAUUUCAAGUUCUGAGGCCAAGGUGGAAUCUAUGGAAGAGAUUUGCCAAGAUCUUAAACUUCAGUUGGAAAAUCUCAGAGCAAAGGAAGAGAUAUGGCAUGAAAAAGAAGUGGAACUGUCUACAUUACAAGAUAAACUAUUGGGUCAAGAGCAAGAAGCAAAGGAAAAUUUAGUUCCAGCAUCUGAUAUGCGUGCCCUUUUUGAAAAAAUAAAUGGUAUUGAGGUGCCUUCAGUAGAUCCAGUCAAUGAGUUAGGUCCACGGAGUCCAUAUGAUGUAAAGAAGUUGUUCUCGAUUGUUGAUAGUGUUACUGAGAUGCAGCAUCAGAUAAAAGUCUUAUCAUAUGAACAAAAAGAGCUCAAUUCCAGCUUGGCAGAAAAGGAUCUUGAAAUUCAAGGUCUGAAGGAGGCGGCUGAAGCAGAGAGUACGACUGAGCUAGAGUUAGUGAAGGCAAAGACUGAACUGUCCAAGCUAAUAUCUGGUUUGGAAAAACUGCUGGGUAUAUUGGCGGGCAAUGAUCCUUUGGGAGACCCAAACUUCUCUGAGUCAUGGACACUCGUACAAGCACUAGAGAGAAAGAUAACUUCCCUUCUCCUAGAAUCAGAGAGUUCAAAAUCAAGGGCCCAAGAACUUGGGUUAAAGUUGGCCAGUAGUGAAAAACUUGUCGAUAAGUUAUCAUUAAAAGUCAAAGAAUUUGAAGAAAAACUUCAAAGCAAAGUGAUUCAGCCUGAUAUUGUUCAUGAAAGAAGCAUCUUCGAAGCACCUUCUACCUCAGAGAUAUCCGAGAUUGAGGACAAGGGAGCCUUGGGAAAAAAAUCAAUAUCACCUGUGCCUACAGCAGCGCAAGUGAGAACAGUGAGGAAGGGGUCGACAGAUCAUCUUUCUAUCAACAUAGAUUCAGACUCCGAGCCUCUGAUGAACCACAACGAAACAGAUGAAGAUAAAGGCCAUGUUUUCAAAUCUCUCAACAUGUCUGGGCUUAUUCCAACGCAAGGGAAGAUGAUAGCAGAUCGGGUGGAUGGAAUAUGGGUCUCAGGUGGAAGAGUAUUAAUGAGCCGUCCUCAAGCAAGGCUUGGCGUUAUGGUGUACAGUCUCUUAUUGCAUCUGUGGCUCCUAGCCUCCAUCUUGUAGCAAGACAGGUGACACUUAGGUCUCUCACAUGAAACUACCUACUACACACAAAAGAAACACAUAGAUUACUCAGUCUCUCCUCUCUCUCUUCUCUAUUCUUCCCAUUCUUUGUCGACCCGCGUAAGCAGAGAAUGAUAGGUGUCGUCUUGUAUAUAUAAAAUGAAUAAUGUCUCGAUUAUCUGCGAGCUUUUUCCAUCUUAGUUCUUCAGUUUCUUAGUCCUAGAAAUGUUCUAUUAGGACUCCGAAAUGGAGCAGUACGUUAUAACAGUUGGGUUUGUUUGUUUCUCAAAGUUUUUUUCAGAAAAGUGAAACAUCUGUUCCAUGACUUACAA